AUGACGACGGCGGCGGCGCCCGGCGCCGGGCUGGCGGCUGCGGACCCGCGGCUGGGGGNCGCCCUCCGGCGGGAGCGCCGCCCCGUCCCGUCCCGUCCCGCCCCGCCGCUGAGGCAGCCGCGCCCGCCCCUGGCUGCGGGCAUGGAGCGUCCUGUGCUGCCUGCCCGGGGGAAGGGGGUGCCCGAGGGAGGCGGCGGGGGAUGCUGGUGUCGAGGCCAGCCGGGCAAACGGGAGCUGAGUGAAAAGCCGCCGUUCUGGUUGCAGACGGAAAGAUUUCCGGGGAAACCACAGCCCGAUCCCGAGGGGACGCUGCCGGUGCGGAGGGAAGAGCUCGGGCACGCGCCUCCCUCGCGGCACUCGGCUUCCCGCCAGGUUCUCGCUUCUGGCCCUUUAAGGGGCGGGGCGUCGCCGCGCUCCGGGGCGCUGAUUGGCUGGCCCGCGGCCGUGCCCGCCGGGACCGGCUGGAAGGAGAGGCCGGGGCAGCGGGGCCCGGCGUGGGCGGCGGAGCGCGGGGCGGAGCGGCCGCCGCGGGGGCUGCUGCGGCGCUUGGCGCUGGUGCUGCGGCUGGGUGUCCGCGCCUGCGGGCUCCUGCUGCGCUUCGGGCCGCUGCUGCUGCUCUACCCGCUGGGCCGCCUGUGGCCCGGCAUGGGCGCCCGCUGGCUGCGGCUGCUGCGCAGGGCGGCCGAGGCCGCCGGCCCCACUUGUGUCAAGCUGGGCCAGUGGGCCAGCACCCGCAGGGACCUCUUCUCGGAGGCCUUCUGUGAUGAGUUUUCCAAGCUGCAUGUCGAGGUGAGCCCGCACCCGUGGGGCCACACCGACGAGCUCUUGAGGAAGGCCUUCGGUGAGGACUGGAUGGGCAUCCUCAAGUUCCCGAGCCGGGAGCCGGUGGGCUCGGGCUGCGUUGCCCAGGUGUAUAAAGCCUAUGCUGACCUCGCUGCCAUCGGCGGCUCCCGGGCGAAGGAGCUGGAGCAGCACUCGGAGCUCAGGUCUGCUUUGGAAGCGUGGGAAGUGUCAGGCUUUAGAGGCCUCAUCGGGUGGCUGAGAAGGAGGAAGAGCAAGGAGAUACGGGAUGAGAGGAGCAGGGAGGAACUGAGUUCUGCAGGCUGCUCCCAGGGAAGUUCCGGGAGUAGGAUGUCCCUAAUGGAACAGAGGGCCAAGCCACCCCUGAACGCAAAUCCGUCAUCAGCCAGACAUCUCGUGCCUGUAGCCAUUAAAGUCCUGCACCCUGGGCUGGUCCACCAAGUCCAGAUGGAUCUGUUUCUCAUGAAGAUGGGCAGCCGCAUCAUUGGACUUCUCCCUGGGUUCAAGUGGCUCAGUUUGACAGAGAUUGUGGAGGAGUUUGAGAAGCUUAUGAUGCAGCAGAUUGACUUACGCUAUGAAGCCAGAAAUCUGGAGCGCUUCCGACAGAAUUUCCUAGAUGUCGAUUUUGUGAAGUUUCCAACUCCCCUUUGGCCCUUGGUAACGGCAGAUGUUCUAGUGGAAACAUUUGAGGAGAGUGAGCCCAUUUCACGCUACCUGCACGUGGAGAUUGGCACGGAGCUACGGCAGAGACUGGCCAGGAUGGGCAUGGACAUGCUGCUAAAGAUGAUCUUCAUUGACAACUUCGUCCACGCCGACCUGCACCCCGGGAACAUCCUAGUUCAAGGCAGCACCCGCCCAGACGUGUUUGACACCCGGGUGCCAGAGCUGUGUGACACCCAUGUGCCAGAGGUGCAGCCACCCCUGCGGCAGCUGCGCCUGGUGCUGCUGGACGCAGGGAUCGUGGCGGAGCUGCAGAGCGCUGACAUGCAGAACUUCCGUGCCGUGUUCACAGCUGUGGUCCAGGGACAGGGGGAGAGGGUGGCAGAGCUGAUCCUCCACCAUGCCCGUGCCAACCAGUGCCAGGACAUCGAGCGCUUCAAGGCUGAGAUGGCAGAGCUUGUGACCAAGGUCCGGGGGAACACCAUUGCCUUGGGCAAGCUUCAGGUGGGAAAUCUCCUUUCAAGUGUCUUCAAACUAUUGAUGACCCAUAAGGUGAAGCUCGAGAGCAAUUUUGCUUCCAUCAUCUUUGCCAUCAUGGUUCUGGAAGGACUGGGACGUUCACUGGACCCUGAACUGGACAUCCUGGAGGCAGCUAAGCCACUGCUCAUCAAAACUGCAGCUUCUGCCCUCAAAUAGACUGCUGUGGCUGCUGCCCUCUCCCUGUGGGGGGUUACCUGUGUUGCCCGUGAGCUGACAUGGAGGAAGCUGCAGCUCCUUUUGUUGCUUUCUGCCUGCAACUCCUCUCUCUGCAAAUGCCGUGUCUUUAAGAACUGAAGCCUCUGCCUUGCCUUCCUCUCCUCCUCCCCCUGAAAGAAGGAUUCCUUCCUGCUCUUCUCAGCCCCAGCAG